UCCUCCUUCCCGAAUUCUGCAAAGCGGCACCUGUCUCCUCAGGGAGCGGCCGACUGCGGGCGCUGAGUACAUGUUCCGGGUGGCUCAGCCCAACCCGAGCAGACCUCCGGCCGCCAGAAAGAGCUGGCAUUUUAGUAAGACUAUGGAGGAGCUAGUUCAUGAUCUAGUCUCUGCACUGGAAGAAAGUUCAGAGCAAGCAAGAGGUGGCUUUGCAGAUACGGGUGAUCAUUCUCGCAGCAUCUCAUGUCUUCUAAAACGCCAGGCUCGAAAGAGAAGGGGAAGGAAAAGACGUUCGUUUAAUUCGCAUCAUCCCUGGGAGACUGGACAUUGUUUAAGUGAAGGUUCUGAUUCCAGCCUUGAAGAGCCAAACAAGGAUUAUAGAGAGAACUAUGCUGCUAAUAAGAAAGACCACAGUGAUUCUGAUGACCAAGUGAUGGUUGCAAAACGCAGACCAAAUUCAAAUUUAAAUAACCUAAGAGGCAAAAGACCUCUGUGGCAUGAACCCGAUCUAGCUGUUGACAAUGUAGGUAAUAGGACUCUGCGUAGACGUCGAAAGGUGAAACGAAUGGCAAUUGAUCUACCUUCUGAAGUAACAAACAAAAUUAUGUUGUCCCAACAAGGCAAUAUUAAGGACCAGGAAAUGGACAAUGACAACAAAUCUUGCUCCCAUCAAGAACUAUCAAAGAGUAAAGUUAAAAAAAGAAAGCUUGCAGCAAAUAGGCAAGGCCCAGACAUUUUGGAUGAAGGCGUGGUCAUAGAGAAUGAUGAAAUCAAUCCUGUGAACAAGGAUAAAAUGGAGUAUGAAGAGCAAAAAGGCUCAGAUGAAAACAUGAGCGACAGUGAAUCCAGCAGCCUCAGCAGUAGUGAUGCUGGUUUGUUUACCAAUGAUGAGGGAAGACAAGGAGAUGAUGAGCAAAGUGACUGGUUCCAUGAAAGUGAACCUGGCGGUGCCUGUGGCAUUACUGGAAUUAUUCCUUGGUGGGAAAAGGAAGAUUCAACAGGACUGGAGAAAGAAAUGCCUGACCCCAUCUUUGAAAGUAUUUUAGCAGGCAGCUUCCCACUUAUGUCACAUUCAGGCAGGAGAGAUUUCCAGACAAGGCUUAGUCAUCUUCAUGGAAUGCCGGCAAGAAACAUCAAAAAGGUAACAGGAAACACAACUGCAAUGAUUACUACAACAGGCUCAUGUAGUAACAAAAAAGCCGUGCUUUUAUCCCAAGAAUUCCAUCACCAUGACCAUUGGUUUAGCCCUGCGGCUAGAAAAGAACAUAGCCAGCUUCAACUAUUACGAGAUAACCGAUCAGAAAGAGGACACAAGAAGAACAGUUCAGUAAAAACAGCCAGCAGACAGACAAGCGUCCAUUUAGGAUCCUUAUGUAUGGGUGAUAUCAAACGAAGAAGAAAAGCAGCACCAUUGCCAGGACCUGCUGGGUUUGUUGGUGAAAACGCUCAGCCAAUCUCAGACAGCAACAUUGGGAAUCGGAUGCUCCAAAGCAUGGGCUGGACACCUGGCACAGGCCUUGGGCCAGAUGGCAAAGGGAUAGCCGAACCAAUCCGGGCAAUUCAGAGGCCAAAGGGACUUGGACUUGGAUUCAGCUGACAGAAAGAGAUUCCAGUUGCUGGUUCAGACAUCAACAAAACUAACUUGAACUUUGAAUAUCUGAAAACAUUCUAAUUUGUUGCCAAGACAUCCAGUGAUUCUUACUGUAAUUUUUUCAUAGAGAUGCUUCAUUGUUUUCUGUUAAAGCUGUGUGGGGCCAGUCUUUAGGGCAGUCCUAAUCUUUGAAUCCUGAGUGUGUAAUAAUGAUCAUCUUUUAAAUUGUACCUUUUUUUUAAAAUUUUCUGUGGUAUUAAUUAGUUAUGUUGUCAAAGAUUCAAAGAAAUGGUUAAAUUCUCCUCCCAUUUUUUAAAAGCCUUGCCAACACCGUACAUAAACCCAUUAUCCCUUGCUGGUUUAACAUAGGUCUUUUACUCUGGAAAGCUGCUUAGUUACUAAGGCGUCUUGUCUGGGAAGUAUUUUGCUGUGUUUCUCACAUUCAUUCCAAACAAUUGUAGUGGGUAGUACAAAAGAAAGCCUGGCUACAAAAAAUUUUUUGUAGUAAGAGGCAAAAAUAGAAUAGGAAAAGAAAUCAGAGUUUACCUUUUGAAUUGAGAUGCGCAAAAUGCUUUGAGCUAAACACAGCAUAUGGGGUUAGAUGGGGUUAACAGUGUCAUUUUUUACAUGGGUGUGAUAAAUGUAAUGAAUGUUAACAGGGUAAGGGGUUUCAAUUGCUCUGUGGCAUGGACUAUUUUUGUGCUAUAUAUAUCUGUCUCUCCACAGAUGCCCCCAAUCCGUAGUCCAAAACAUUAGGGGCAAAGCCUAAAUUAAAUUGUGUGUAUAUAAUUAAAUUAAUUACAUACAAGUAAUAUGAUCUUUUAUAUUUCUCAUCUUUGGGCACGAUAAUUGUGAUUGCAACAGGUGCUACAUCAAAUUUUGGGGGUCACAUUUAGCCCUGGAGCCUCAGGUGAUGCACCCUUGUUUUUAAAAUAUUGCCAUAUGACUCUAUAUAGCCUUGAUUCAUUGGGUCUUCUAAAUGGUUCAGUAUUGUUAUAUGCAAUCUCUCUAGAUCAGCGUACAUUGCAUCUUGCUUCAAAAUGUGCAAUUUUGCACGAGAAAUGCAAAAUGACAAAUGAUGAAUUUGUCUUCCAACAUUUGCAGCAGGUAACUCAAUUCUCUUUUUUUAUUUACACGCCCUCCAAGUUCAAUAUUAACCUUUUUUUUUUAACUUUCCUUUCUGGUGUCUUAGCUUGUAUUCUUUUUAAAAUAAAAAUUUAAACCUACUGUCACCUUUUACCAUAUCACUGUGACUGUCUAACUUGAGGGGAUGGAUUUAAAAUGGGACCAUGUUAACUAGAUUCCAUCCAUGGUAGUUUGGGGAAUAUUUCUGUAAUUGACAAAUGGUGCCUGCUAGUGAGAAGGAAGGCUUCCCGGGCACAAUUUUUUUUAAAAAUGGCAAAGGGAAUAGUAAAACAGACAGCCUUUUGAUAAGAUUAACAAUAUUAUACUUAAUCUUUGGACUUGUCAUUGUGCUGACAUCUCAAAUUCAUUAAAGAGGACUUCCAUCAAUGCAUUAAUGAUGUGUUCUAAUUAUUAUGCUAGAAU